GUCAGGUUUGCGGCAGGUUUCUCCUGCACGGUUCCGAAAGUUAACUUUAAACAAUUCUGCACCAAAAAUAGAAGAAAAGCGAGAACCUACCUCAGAUCCGUGAGAGGGCAAUGAAGGCGCUCUGUCAGCUCUCGUGGCUCCUGUUUUGGGCGGGCUACCAGCAAGUUUUAUCACAAGACUAUGAAGAACGCGGCGACGGACAUUUGGUUAGAAGGCAAAAAAUUAAGUACCUCUCAUCCAGUGAGCCUGGAGAAAAUGAACAAGAGGAGGAUUGCAGUUUGGAGAUUGCAUUCCUGUUGGACAGUUCAGAAAGUGCUAAGGACUUCAACCACAACCGGGAGAAGAGCUUUGUGCUAGACUUUGUGGACCGGCUGCAACAGCUGCGGGUGUCGAGUGGCCGGCGGCUGGUGCCCAGAGUGGCUCUGCUCCAGUACAGCAGCACAGUGCUCAUCGAACAGACGUUCCGUGACUGGAGUGGCCCGGCCGCUUUCAGGGCUCAUGUCGCCCCCAUUGGCUACAUUGGGCACGGCACCUACACCACAUAUGCCAUCACCAACCUGACCCAGCUGUAUCUGAACGAGGCGGCCCCGGGCAGCAUCCGGGUGGCUGUGCUCAUGACUGAUGGCGUGGACCACCCGAGGAAUCCAGACAUCUACGCAGCCACGGCUGAGGCUAAGAACCAUGGCAUCAAGUUCUUCACAGUGGGCAUGUCACCUGUGGCCACCGAGUCACCAAAUGCAGCCAAACUGCGCCUUUUAGCCAGUCCGCCUGCUUCCCGCUUCGUGCACAACCUGCAAGACAGCAGCGCCUUGGGAAAACUCUUCCUAGAAGUGGCAGAGUUGGCUGAUGAAGGGUGCCCCAAAACACCAAAAUGUAUUUGUGAAAAAGGUGAAAGAGGUCCACCUGGUUCUUCUGGGAAGAAAGGGCGCCCUGGUGAUGAUGGUGCUCCAGGUCUAAAAGGACAAAAGGGUGAAUCAGGUUUGAGUGGAAUUCCUGGAAGGGACGGAAUGGAGGGAAGAGCUGGAUACAAAGGUGAACAGGGCGAAAGAGGUGAAUGUGGACUUCCAGGGACAAAAGGUGACAGAGGCCCAGAAGGCCCAAUAGGCCCAAGGGGACUGAGAGGAGUGCAGGGUUACCCUGGAUCCCCUGGGGACCAAGGACCUGCAGGUUUUCAAGGAAAAAAGGGUGAACGUGGACUUCUUGGACCACCUGGGCUAACUGGUGAAACUGGAAUUGGCUUUCCAGGUCCAAAGGGUGAUAUUGGUUACAUAGGAAGACCAGGGCCUGUUGGCCCACCUGGGAUUGGUGAACCUGGAUUACCAGGUCCUCCAGGGCCUCAAGGGCUUCAGGGAGAUCGAGGUUUACCAGGAGAAGGUUGGCCAGGAUUGAAGGGUGAUCGUGGAUAUGAAGGACCAAAAGGACCCCGUGGAGCUCCAGGUGUUGGUGUUAAGGGUGAUAAGGGUGAAGUUGGUUUUCCUGGAUUACCCGGCCCUAUUGGUCCAUCUGGCAUUGGAUUCCAAGGUGAAAAGGGAGUACAGGGUCCACAAGGACCACCUGGCCCAAAAGGACCUCCAGGGGAAGGCCUGCCUGGAUCAAAGGGUGAUCAAGGUUUGCCCGGAGAAGUUGGAGCUCCAGGAGAAAGAGGAAUUGGAGAACCAGGACCAAAAGGUGAACCCGGUUCCUCGGGAUUGGCAGGUCUCCCUGGUCUGCCAGGAGAAGAUGGUGCUCCGGGACAAAAGGGUGAACCAGGAUUAUCAGGUCCUCGAGGAGCUGAGGGUACUCCAGGCAUUGGAAUUCAAGGAGAGAAGGGUGAUAUAGGUCAGAGAGGACUGCGAGGUUUGGUUGGUCCACCUGGAGUAACAGGACCAAUGGGACCGAAGGGUGAACCUGGGGCUGUGGGCCGCCUGGGAAUGCCAGGCCUUCCAGGACGUGGCAUUAUGGGCCUUAAGGGUGAUCCAGGUCCCCCAGGUGGCAUUGGCCCUGUAGGUGAAACUGGAAUUGGAAUUCCUGGUCCCAAGGGCAAUCGUGGCUUCCCAGGACCACCGGGGCCAUUCGGACAAAAAGGAGAUGGCUAUCCAGGAGCACCUGGCUUGCCGGGCCUUCCAGGCCCUACAGGUGAACAGGGGCCUGUAGGACUUGGAUUCCCAGGACCUAAGGGAGAUCCAGGAGCAAGAGGGCCAAGUGGUAUAGCUGGACCUCCAGGAGAAGGACUUCAAGGUCAGAAGGGAAUAGCAGGGAGACAUGGACCACCUGGUCCUCAGGGCCCUCCAGGUGAAGGCAUUCAGGGACCUAAGGGUGACCAAGGUGUUCAAGGAUUGCCAGGGCCUCGUGGACCACCAGGAGAAGGACUUAUGGGACCUAAGGGUGACCAUGGUCUGACAGGUGAAAGAGGACAGAAGGGAAAUAAAGGAGAUGUGGGUGAUUCUGGUUCUGCUGGUGCACCUGGUAGACCUGGAGUAAAAGGUGAUCCUGGCCUAACAAGGGAGGACAUCAUCAGAAUGAUAAAGGAAAUUUGUGGUUGUGGAAUUAAAUGUAAAGAAAGACCAAUGGAACUUGUCUUUGUGAUUGAUAGCUCAGAGAGUGUGGGACCAGAUAACUUCGAGAUUAUAAAAGAUUUUGUCACUGCUCUCGUUGACAAAGUAACAGUUGGUAGAAAUGCCACCCGAAUUGGUCUUGUGCUGUACAGCUUGGAAGUACGAUUAGAAUUUGGUCUAAGUCGAUACUUGACACAGCAAGAUGUCAAACAGGCAAUUAGGAAAAUGUUAUACAUGGGAGAAGGCACGCACACAGGAACCGCUAUCCGCAAAGCCACGCAGGAGGGAUUCUAUGGAGCUCGGCCUGGUGUGAAGAAAGUUGCUAUAGUAUUAACAGAUGGACAGGCAGACAGAAGAGAGACUGUUAAACUAGAUGUUGCUGUCCGUGAGGCUCAUGCUGCAAACAUUGAGAUGUUUGCAAUUGGUAUCGUAAAUACCACAGAUCCAACUCAAGCUGAAUUCUUACGUGAAUUGAACUUAAUUGCUUCAGAUCCUGAUACUGAGCACAUGUACCUCAUUGAUGAUUUCAAUACUCUUGCAGCUCUGGAGUUGAAAUUGGUCAGACAGUUCUGUGAAGAUGAAAAUGGUGCAUUGAUCUACAAUCGAAUUAGAAAUGGAGUAAUAACAAGCAGAAAUCCAUUAUAUUCAGUUCCUAGUUCUACACAUACCAGAAAUGAAAUUGAAUUAACUUCUGCCAAACCCAGGCAAACAAUUGUACCUGGAAAGAUGAAAGUAACUGCACAAGUGAAACCAUCACCAUCUGGAUCCAUCUCUGUAGGAAAAAUUUCAAAGGUGAACCAAAAUCCAGAAGCACAUGAUAAGAAGAAAGAAGACCUGAAACUUGUAACGCCAUCAUCUCAUUCAAAGGGGAGUAGCUUUCUAUCAAUCAGUAAACAAGUUCCAGGUCUACCCUCACAAUCUGUUAAGCCAGUGAAAGAAUCCACAUUGUCGGUCUCCCCAACAUUAAAAUUUCCAAUUUCAGAUCCUCUAUGUCAAAUGCGUUUAGACCAAGGGACAUGCCGUGACUAUGUGAUUAAAUGGUAUUAUGACAAACAAGCUAAUGCUUGUGCACAAUUUUGGUAUGGUGGCUGCAGUGGAAAUGCUAAUCGUUUUGACACUGAAGCCAAGUGCAGGAAGACUUGUGUAAUUUCCGGUGCAGAAUCCUGAUGGGGAUCCAAGCAAGACCUAAUGAGAUACAGGAAGAAGACAGAAAACUAUCUUUGUGCAUUUGAUACAUUAUGAACAAUAUUUUAAUAUUUUGGUAGCUAUUCAUAAAAUUCAAUUUGUAUAAAGAUGUUAAUACAGAUGCUUACCCUUUUUGUUAAUUUUUCUAUAUAAAUGCAAUUCUCAGGGGUAAAAAUGAAAAAUAGAAAUAUUUUACAGUAUGACUAAAAGACAAACACAACCAUUGCAGAUCAAGAUUAUAGAAAAGGUUAGGAAAGAUAUUUUGCUUACUUUUAAGUUUUUGUCCUGUCCUAUGCUGAAAACAUUAAUUUGACUAGCUGCAAAGAAGGAAUAUUUAAGUAGUUACAGCUGAGAAGAUGAAGUUUGUGCAAGAAUUCUAGCUUUACAAAUUCUGAUUUGUUUCUCUUCAGAAGUACAUAAAAUGGUAUAGGCUAUGAAGUUUAAAAUCGUAAUGAUGUCUUUUUGUGU